AUGCUGCUAAACUGCUUGGAGAGCUCGUGGGACAAAUGUUCCGAAGUGUCGGUGCUCUGUCCGCAAGGAGGAGACAAGAAGGAAGAAGGCGACCUGGAGACGGGCACGCAGCGGGCAGACUCGACGCGCCCCGCAGCAACACUUGCCCCGUCCUGGGCGCUGCUGCCCUCCCUGCUGGAGGAGCUCUCCCACGGCGCCCAGGGAGUCGGCGUCCCCAUCCAGGCGCUGGCAAAGUCCAAGUCGCGCAUCGCAGCGCUGCGCGCGUCCUGGCGCUCAACCGGCGGCGGCGCGCCGCUGCCCGUCUCGGGCACGCUCACUCCUGCGGCACCGGCGCCGCCGCUGCGCGGCGCGUCGGACCCCGGGCAGCUGCGCGCGGGGCUCAACUGGUGGCAGGUCGCGGGUGGCGGCGGCGGCGCAGGCCUGGGCGCCGAGCGGCAGCCCCUGCUGCCCUUUGAGGAGCAGCAGCAGGCGCAGCAGCAAUCCAAGACGGCAGCACCGCUGCGGCAGGGUGUACCGAGCCAGGAUGACCCCCGGCAGCGUGUGCAGUCGCCUCCCGGUGUUGCCGGCCCCGGAACGUCCGGUGUCAUGGUGACGGCAACGGCGGCGCUGCAAUCACUGGCAGAGCAGCAGCAGGAGCAGCAGCUGGUACAGCAGCAGCAGCAGCAGCAGCAGCAGCAGCAGCCGCAGCAACAGCGGCAACCACAGAAGCAGGAGCGGCAGCAGCAGCAGCAGCAGCAGCAGCAGCAGCAGCAGCAGCAGCAGCAGCAGCAGCGGCAGCAGCAGCAGCAGCAGCGGCAGAAGCAGCGGCCACCACAGCAGCAGCAACAGCAUCAGACUGAGCAACUGGCGGGCGGCAGCCUGAGCGCUGCACUGCAACGGCCGCCACACGGCCACACAAAGCAUGCAGGGGCCGAUGCCAUACCAGUGCACAUGGCGCCGCUUGGAGCGGGCACGUCGACCCUGAAGCAGCCCGUGCGGCAGCUUGGCGAGCAGGCAGAGCAGCAGCAGCAGCGGCCGCGGCAGCAGCAGCAGCAGCAGCAGCCGCAGCCGCAGCUGCGUCAGGCACCACCUGGGGGUAUGCUUGGCGACCUUGCAGGGGACAAGGAGGUCCCAUUCGCAGAUCUAAAGCUGGGGCCAUCCAUUGGCGAGGGCGGUUUCGGCAAGGUGUAUUUUGGUCAUUGCCGCGGCAGUCAGCCUGUUGCCAUCAAAGUCCUGUCUAGCCAGCAGCACACCGCGCCGAGUGCCGUACUAGGCAAUCAGCAGCCGCCACAGCAGCAGGAUGAGCAGCAGCAGCAGCAGCAGCAGCAGCUACCCGAGGCGCAGGUGACGCCGCGGCUGCUGCUUGAGUUCAGGCGCGAGGUAUCAACCAUGCUGUCCCUUCCUGACCACCCUAACGUGCUCAAGCUGGUCGCGGUGUGCACGGUGCCGCCGCUGGCGCUGGUGACGGAGCUCUGCGCAGGCGGCAGCCUGUACGGCCUUCUGCACUGCCCGACAGCGCAGCUCAGCUGGGUCCAGGUGGUGCAGGUUCUGCGGGAGGCCGCCAUGGGCAUGGCCCAUCUGCAUCGCCACUCCGUUCUGCACAGGGACCUCAAAAGUGCCAACCUUCUCCUGACUGAGCAGCUGUCGGUGCGGGUGGCAGACUUUGGGCUGUCUCGGCUGCAGGCCGGCGGCCUGGCCACCAUGACAGGCGGCCUGGGGACGUUCCAGUGGAUGGCGCCAGAGGUGCUGGCCAACCAGCGGUACAGCUCCAAGGCUGACGUGUACAGCUUUGGUGUGGUGGUGUGGGAGUGCUGCGCACGGACCGUGCCCUACGAGGGCAUGAACGGGGUGCAGGCCGCCAUGGCAGUCGUGAACAGGGGCCUGCGGCCGGAGAUCCCGCCCCACACGCCACCAGCCCUUGCCAGCCUCACCCGGGCCUGCUGGGCCGCCAUCCCUGAGCAGCGCCCCGCCUUUGACGAGGUCCUGGGCGCGUUGCUGCUGCAUCCGGGCAGAUCCUGCUCCGCAGGCUGA